CUUGAGCGAGGCGAGCCAGCAGAGACACAGAAAGAGAGAGAGACAGGGAACGCGAACAGCCACAACUGCGGCUCUCAUUCGGCAUUCCACCUUAUUCCCAGCCAUCAUUCUUUUGCACCUCGGCGGCGAAGAAUAUCAUAAUCCAUCCAGCUCUUCACGUGGAGAGAAGACCCAGUCCCUGGAUCGAUCAACAAUCAACCAACGGGGGAGGAACACAUUGAAGCGUGGACUAUUGGAAACACGCAUCCUGACUCGUCUCCCCUGCAGCCGAGCCGACCUUUGGGCUCACCUUUGGACCCAGCGAGGGAGGGAAGGGGCUGAACUUGCCAACCGCUUUUUUUUUUUUUUACCUGCCUUGGGACGGCGAGGGGAAGACGCCAGAGCCGGAGCUGGCACUCUCUGUCUCUCUAUCUCAAUCCUUGGCGCUGCUGCUGCUGCAGCCCCUUCCGCUGCCUCCAAGCCAUGCAGGGUAAAUGCAGGUAAGGCGCCCACAGACCCAACGCGCCCGUCCGCGCGCGCUGCCGCGUUCUCUCUCGCGCGCGCACACCACAAAACGCACGCGCAGCCCAACUGCAGAGGCGACGGCAAACUUGGGACUCGGGCGUCGUUGUGUGUGUUUGUGUGGGAAAUUGCUCGCCAGCUCUCUCUCUCCGUGUGCGUUUUUUUCCUCUCUCUCCAUCCUUCCUUACCUCUCGGACUUUUCGGGACUAAUGACCUUGCGCAGAGCUGAUUGAUUUAUUUUUUCGACAAAAAAAAGACCUCCCUGUGGAUUUUUUGGGCGCCAUCCUGAGCAUCCUGAAAAGGGGGUUCCUAGAAGCUGAACCGAACGCAUGUUCCCCCAAUAGAGACACAUCUUCCAAUCCAGAUGGACUGUAUUCUGAGAGAGUUCCUGGAAUAGGACUUGCUGGAUGCAACGCGAGGGGGAAGGAAGCAUGUCCCCACAAUAGAGGCACAUCUUCCAAAAUAGAUGGGCUGCUGUUUGGUGCGGGAAAGGGGCUUUUUCUGAUUCCAUCGCAGCCAAGGAAGAGGACUGGGUGCCUAGCCUGCCUGCGGUUCUUUCUUCCUCUCUGCCUCUCUCUCUCUCUCUCUCGGUCCUUUCCCCCUCCACCGGACACCAGCCCGCUCUGAAUGAAGCGAUUGACAUUCCCCCACUCCACCCCCUCCUCGGCGGGGAGGAGAAGGCGGAGGAAAGAGCUGAAGCGACGGCGCUGAGAGGGAGAGGGAGAGAGAGAGAGAACACGAAUUGGACUGGACUUGGGCGCGAGGAGCCUUGCUUCCCCAUCUUUCCCCGCUGCUGCUCUGCUACUCCUCUCCCUUUUCUUGCCAACCUUGCAAAGUGAUUACAGUACCAUCCGAAGGCGGAGGAGGAGGAGGAGGGAGGAGAAAGAGGCGGAACUGCCCCCUCCUUUCCUUUCCGCCAACGAGAUGAAUCUUUCCUCGAGCCAAAGCCGCUUUGCCCCGUGAACUGUGAGUAUCGGAAGGAACGCGGGAGGCUGGGAAGAGGAAGAGCCGCCCAGUGACACUCACUCAACAACCCUUUCUCCUUGGCUUGCGUGACUGCGAUGAGCGCUGAAGUUUCUCCUCCAGAGCAGAAGGAUUGUACGCGCUGAUUUGCCUCCUUUCCCCGCUUGGAUUCCCCCUUGGAUUCUGCUGCCUGGCUUGGCGAGGGCGACGAGGAUGUGGCGUCUGCGUCGGCUGCCGGCCCUGGUGCGCUGCUUCGCCUGCUGGCUCCUGCUCCUUCUGCCUCCGCCGCUGGGGCUGGUGGUCCCGGCGUCGGCCAAGCAGGUGCUGCGCUACCGCCUCGCCGAGGAGGGCCCCGCCGACAUCCGUAUCGGCAACGUCGCCUCGGACCUGGGCAUCGUCACCGGCUCGGGAGAGGUCACGUUCAGCCUCGAGUCCGGCGCCGACUACCUCAAGAUCGACAACAUGACGGGCGAGCUGAGCACCACCGAGCGCCGCAUCGACCGCGAGAAGCUGCCGCAGUGCCAGAUGAUCUUCGACGAGAACGAGUGCUUCUUGGACUUCGAGGUCUCCGUCAUCGGCCCUUCGCAGAGCUGGGUGGACCUCUUCGAAGGCCGGGUGGUGAUCCUGGACAUCAAUGACAACACGCCGACCUUCCCCUCGCCAGUGCUGACCCUCACCGUGGAGGAGAACCGUCCCGUGGGGACGCUCUAUCUGCUUCCCACUGCGACCGACCGCGACUUCGGACGGAACGGGAUCGAGCGCUACGAGUUGCUCCAAGAGCCCGGCGGCUCCAGGAGCUCCUCCGAUAAAAGGAGGCCUGAAGCCGAAGGGGGCGGAGGCGGAGGAGGCUCCUCGACGGCUCGGAGCACCGUCUUCGAGCUGCAAGUAGCCGACACCCCCGACGGGGAGAAGCAGCCGCAGCUGAUUGUCAAAGGGCCCCUCGAUCGUGAGCAGCGCGACGCCUAUGAGCUGAGCCUCCGCGUGCGCGACGGUGGCGACCCUGCACGCUCCUCGCAGGCCCUGCUGAGGGUGCUGAUCACCGACGUGAACGACAACAGCCCCCGCUUCGAGAAGAGCGUCUACGAAGCCGACUUGGCGGAGAACAGCAGCCCAGGGACGCCGAUUCUCCAGCUGCGGGCCGCCGACGCGGACGCCGGGGUCAACGGGCAGCUGGAGUACGUCUUCGGGGCGGCCACGGAGUCGGUGCGCCGCCUGCUCCGCCUGGAUGAGGCCUCCGGCUGGCUCAGCGUCCUCCACCGCAUCGACCGCGAGGAGGUCAACCAGCUGCGCUUCAGCGUCAUGGCGCGCGACCGGGGCCAGCCGCCCAAGAGCGACAAGGCCACAGUGGUGCUCAACAUCCGCGACGAGAACGACAACGUCCCCGCCAUUGACAUCCGCAAGAUCGGGCGCAUCCCGCUGAGGGACGGGGUGGCCACCGUGGGCGAGGACGUGCUGGUGGACACCCCGGUGGCGCUGGUGCAGGUCUCGGACCGCGACCAGGGCGAGAACGGGGUGGUGACCUGCACCGUGGUGGGGGACGUCCCUUUCCAGCUCAAGCCGGCCAGCGAGGGCGAGGGCGAGCCCCAGAACAAGCGCAAGUACUUUCUGCACACCUCGGCGCCGCUGGACUACGAGGCGGCGCGCGACUACAACGUGGUCAUCGUGGCCGUCGACUCCGGCAGCCCCAGCCUCUCCAGCAACAACUCGCUGCUGGUCCGCGUGGCGGACGCCAACGACAACCCGCCCGUCUUCGGCCAGGCUUUGCUGGAGCUCUCCUUCCCGGAGAACAACGCGCCGGGCGAGAGGGUGGCCACCAUCCUGGCCAGCGACGCCGACAGCGGCAAGAACGCCGAGAUCGCCUACUCCCUGGAGCCGCUCCCCCCUUCCUCCUCCUCCUCCUCCCUCCCCUCCGAGGCGGGCCUCUUCACCAUCGACCCGGACUCGGGCGAGGUGCGCGUGCAGGCGGUGCUGGACCGCGAGCAGCGCGACGCCUACGAGUUCCAGGUCACGGCCCGCGACAAAGGCACGCCCUCGCUGCAGGGCUCCACGCGGGUCCUGCUCCGCGUCGCCGACCGCAACGACAACGAGCCGCGCUUCAUGCAGGACGUCUUCACCUUCUACGUCAAGGAGAACCUGCAGCCCAACAGCCCCGUGGGGAUGGUCACCGUCAUGGACGCCGACAAGGGCCGCAACGCCCAGCUCAGCCUCUCCAUCCAGGGCGAGGGCAGCGAGGCCGGGAUCUUCUCCAUCGAGAACGACACGGGGACCAUCUUCUCCGCUGUCUCUUUCGACAGGGAGGUGCAAACCAGCUACACCUUCGCUGUCAAAGCGGUGGACGGCGGCGAACCGGCUCGCUCGGCGACGGCGACGGUUUCGCUCUUUGUGAUGGACGAGAACGACAACGCGCCAGUGGUGACAGCACCCGCGAACGGCUCCUACACGGUACUGCCGCCCUCUAGCCUCCCACGCGUGGCUGUUGCCACAGUGCGGGCACGCGACGCGGACGCCGGGCCCAACGCGGAGCUGAGUUUCAGCUUGGUAGGCGGCAACCCCUUCCGCCUCUUUGAGAUUGACUCUUCCACCGGCGUGGUCUCCCUGGUGGGGCAGUUGGCGCCCAAGCACUACGGGCUCCACCGCUUGGUGGUGCAGGUGAACGACAGCGGGGCGCCCGGGCAAGCCACCACCGCCCUGCUCCACGUCUUCGUCAACGAGAGCCUCGCCAACGCCACGCUGGUGGAGAGCCAAGUGGCGCGCAGCCUCCACACGCCGCUGGGCCAAGACAUCGCCGGCGACCCCAGCUACGAGCUGGGCAAGCAGCGGCUCAGCAUCGCGGUGGGCGUGGUCGCCGGCGUGGUGACCGUGGCGCUGCUCCUCCUGGGCGUGGGCCUGGCCCGCUACUGCCGCGCCAAGGCCCACCAGCGCGGGGGCUACGAGGCCGGCAAGAAGGACCACGAGGACUUCUUCGCCCCGGCCCCGCUCCACCACCACGACAAGGCCAAGAAGCCCAAGAAGGACAAGAAAGGCAAGAAGGCGCCCGGGAAGCAGCCGCUCUACAGCAGCAUCGUCACCGUGGAGGCCUCCAAGCCCAACGGGCAGCGCUACGACGGCGUCCACGAGAAGCUGGCCGGGGACAGCCCCGCCCUCAGCCGCUACCGCGCCGUCAACGGCGGGCCCGGGGGUAGCCCCGAUCUGGCGCGCCACUACAAGUCCAGCUCGCCGCUGCCCACCGUCCAGCUCCACCCGCAGUCGCCCACCGCCGGGAAGAAGCACCAGGCCGUGCAGGAGCUGCCCCCCGCCAACACCUUCGUCGGCGCCGGGGACAACAUCUCCAUCGGCUCCGACCACUGCUCUGAGUACAGCUGUCAGGCCAGCAGCAAGUACAGCAAGCAGGUGGAUACAAUGCAGACUACGCAGCCCCCUCGCCACAUUGAGGAAUCGUGUAAAAUGAAUCCAUUCCGUAGAGUGACGUUUUCAGUUGUGAGUCAGCCCCAGGACCCACAUCAAGGGUCAUUGCAGAGUUGCUAUGACAGCGGUCUGGAGGAGUCAGAAACACCAAGCAGUAAGAGUUCUUCAGGGCCGAGGCUGGGUGCCCUUCCACUCCCAGAGGACAACUACGAAAGGACUACGCCGGAUGGCAGUGUUGGUGAGGCAGAGCAUAUGGAAAAUGAUGAUUUCUGUGCAGCCCUGGCUCCAGGAUUGGGCUUUUCAGCCUGGGGAAAGACACAUAGCUCCGAUUCAAGACCUUUACCAGAUGUCGCCCUGACUGGGAAGUGUACUCGGGAAUGUGAUGAGUAUGGCCAUUCAGAUUCUUGCUGGAUGCCUGUCCGCACCUCACCUGAACGAAAGCCGAAAAGCCAGCCAAAACUCUCCACAUUCAUGCCUGUUGAUGAACGGGGCAGUCAAGAGAAGCUGGCCAAUGGAGAAGCCUCCCUGAUGGGUGACCGCAACAGAAACCUCCUUAACAAAAAGUUGACCUCAUCCUAUGAGACCUUCAGUCCAGCCAGUUUCAGCAAAAGUGAGGAAGCCAAUCCUGAGGAUAUUCCCCUCACACAGACAGGGGAAUACAAGCCAUCUCCCGUCAAUACUUUAACUAGAAGAGAAGUUUACCUUUAGGCUAUGAAGAAAUAACAACAGUGCUCUCUCGCAUAUUAAAGGGGGACAAAAGGCAAAAACCUAUAAAUCAAAACAAUUUAAACUCAAAAACAAAAAAAUAGAAUAAAGGGAAGUCUAUCGGAAAGGGGGCUACCAAAGAGACAAAAGCUUGGCCUGCCACUUCUGCCUCCGUGCCAGGCAUUUACGUAUCCUGUCUGCCUGACUCUACUGUACAAUGUAGAAACCAUUGUUGUUCCUGCAUGCCUAAUUCCCUGCUCACCAAUCUUUAAUUUUCCUAAAUUUCUGGUUGUAAAUUCCUUUCAAGGUAACACAUCUGAUAUGGAAAAACAAAACAAAACAAAAGAACCUCAGAAACUGUUGUUACCCCCCUCCCCACUGCUAAAGCAUUGUUUAAGCCACUUCAGUUCUCAUUUGGUGGUCAUCUGGCUUGUUGGGAAUAGCAGGUCAGAGGGAAAAAUAAAAUUCUCAAAUAUGUAUGUGAACAUAUAUAGUCAACUCUCCAGGAAAUCAUCUGAAUAUUGCUGGUUCCCAUCAGAGAUAAGCCUUCAGAAACCACACAAACAUAAAUAACUAGAGGGAUUUUUUUUUAAAAAAGAGCACUUUUUUUGGAAGAUCACAACUUUAAUAUUGUCCUGUGGCUGGAAGCAACAGAAAACAUAUUCAGCCUGGAAUUAUAUUCCAAAUUAGGACAUAUUCUCUAUAAUCCUGAACUGUGAGUUAACUUUUUAUCCAUAGAACAACUACUAUCUUCCUUGUCCUCUUUCUAUCAUUCUUUUCCUUCUCCUCUUCCUCUAUCCCUUCCUUCACCCCCACCACCAUAACAAAUAGUAUGAUGGUAUAUAUCAUCACAUACUAAGGAUCAAUUGCUAAACUGGUGUCAUUUUUUACCAGACCAACUCUUAGCUUGGAUGACCAUAGUGAUUAAAAGGCCAAAGAACAUACUGCUAUGGAUCAGGAGAAUUACCUGUUGGUCUUGUCUUAUAAAAAUUGACACAGACACGCACAAACACAUAAGCAUAUUUUCCACAUGCAUUUGCACAGCAGUCUAUGCGGCAAACCCAGACAAUGUAGUUGUUUUCCUAAUGGAUUUUAGUUCAGUGCCCAGUGGAACUGAUAAAAGGAGCUUGCUGGUAACAGCAUGAUAACAUCAUAAGCUAUAUGACCGUGGUCCUCCAGUUCUAGGUUAUAUUUUUCUUAGAAGGUUUCAAAUCCAUCCCGGAAGCUGUGUCGAUGAGCUCCAAGACAUGUCGAGAGGGGAAUCUGAAAGAACAGUGCAAUGAAGGCAGUGGGAAGAACAUGCUUCAAGUCAAGUAUGACGCCAUCUUUGCUGAAAGUGGAUACCAACCCUUGGGUUACCAGCGUUCCAGGUUAAUCAUUUGCUCUUGGCAAAGGUAUUAUGCAGGUUUUCUUAAAACACAAGUGCAUUUAAGCUGACUCCUGUGCAAUACAAAACCAAUGUUGAGACUCAAGGUGGCCAGUAGUCUUCACUGUUGUCACCGCCAACAUGCUCUGUGCAAAAUAGUUUUGUUUGUGACAAGUUACAAAGAAUCCAGACCUGAUCAUGAUGGUGCAGAGUCCUGAGCUUGUGACAGUUCUCAUAGUUUGCACUAUAUGAUGUGGAUGAGAAAAUGGACCAGAUAUAUUUUGUGCAAUAAAAAGUAACGGAGUGUGUAGAAUCUGGGAUAGUUCUGUAUUGAUAAUGAAAUAGUAAUAAAGAAUGGCUGAGCAUGGACAUUCAAAUGAAACUGACAAUCGUUCAAUGCAGUGGGGACAGCUUGAGAAAGGGUGCAAAGAGAAGCCAGCCCCUCUGGUUGUUUAACUUGGCAUUAAAGCAUGACUAGGUGGUUCUAGUAAAAAUGUAGUGACAAGAUAGCUUGGGUAGUUUCUUGCUUUAAAAUUUACGUAGAAUAUAUUGUUAAACAGUCUGAAAAAUAUGGGCUGAUUGACUGGUACAAACUCACCACAGCUUUUGACUUUUGAAUUCUUAAUAGCAAAGUGCCCUUUUUCAUUGUGCAUCUUCCUCCAAUUUCUGUUUCAUUUGGCUUUUCAUUUGUGUGUAGCAGUAAAAAUGGAAAUAUAUUUGAAGGGGGAAACAGUUACAAAGAGGAAUGAUUUAUCAUUCUGAUGCAUCUUUUUUAAAAAUUUCAGAGAUGCAAAUUCUGAUUUUAUAAGAUGACUGACCUAAUGAGUUACUGUAUUUAUAUAACAUUAAGGUAUCUGUUUGGCGUAAAACACUUCUCAAGAUAUUUACAUAAAAGCUUAUACAUUUCUUGCAGGUUUCAAUGGAGAACACAUUGUAUAACUCCAGUGGUCAGCAGAGCUUUAUUUAUUUUUAAAUCCUAAUACACUGAAUAUACAGUUGAGAGCCACUAAAGAGAGGAAUCUAAAAGAAUUAUUUCUCUUUUAAAACCUCCUUUUCUAGAAAGCCAAUACAGGUCAAAGAAGGCCUUCAGGAUUAACUGGAUCAGCCACUACUCCCAAUUUUGUGUACUCUAUAAAGAGAAAUCAUAUACUUGAGUGAUUUAUUUAAUUUACUCAUUGAACUAAGAUGGGCACAAAAGAAUAACAGAAAAUACAGUGUACUUGUAUGUAUUUGAGGUAAUUCUAGUAAAAUCUAGCCAUCAAAACAUAGUCAAUUGCUUCUUAUGACCCAGCAUGAGACACAAAUAUAUUUUUGUGUGUUUUUUGUUUGUUUGUUUGUUUUAAAAUUAGUUCAAUCUGGUGACACUCCUUAUAUAGAGUGCUUUUAUAAAAAACAAUAAAAUGAAAUGAAAAAUUUUAGCGUGAAUGCAAAAUAUGCAACUGUGCCUUUUAUACCUGUUGUUAUGGUAAAAAUGGUGGUUGGGGUUGGACACUGAAAAUUAAUGGGCUAUUCCCACCUUUUUGAACCUGUAUAUUUAACCAUGUUUAUUUUCUGAGAAAUGAAAAAUGAUAUAUUUAAAAAUGCCUUCUACCAAACUCAGAUAAUGGACCAGUCUUAAAUAUGAAUCAUAAUUUUUUAAAAAGGAGGGGAGGGAGGAAAAAAGACAUGGUUUUGGGCUGGGCAUUUGCUAACUGAAAAAGUGUGAUCAUAUACUUCUCUGUGGCAAGAUGUUAUAAGUCUGUUUAGCAGAGAAAUUGAUGAUUUAUUGGAUUUUUUAAAAAUGCUAUUAGCAACCAUUUUGUUUUAAUUUCAUACACCAGAGUCCAAUAUUGUUUGUUCGCUUUUUUUAAUUUCAGAAGGAACUCUAAGGAGCUCUGCAUGCAUUUUACAUUGGACACAUUUAUAGAUUGCCGCAUUACUUAUGUAACUUUAUAUGAAUUAGAAAAUGUCCGUAUUAACUACUGUCUAAACUCUAAUGCUCAUUCCAACCUCCAGAUAUGCUAAUAUUUAGUCAAUAUAAUUUCUGACUGGCCUGCUGCCUGAGUUUUAGAAAACAAGGUAGAUGUUAUUUUUCUGUGGGGAGAAAACUCAAAUGAGAGAUUGAAGGUGCUUGGCUGAAAGACUACCCUGGGAAGUUGUCCUAUAGGAAAGCAGAAAUGUAGGAAAAUGGAGAGAGCGGGGCAAAAUGAAACUACCAUAAAUACAGCCAUCACUAAAAGACUUUUUUGGCAUUGGAACAUUGAAGAAGGGGACAGUUUUGCUUAUGUUCCAUCAGUGAUAAAGAUCCAUUGUUUCCUUAAAUGCUGAAUGAGAGGAGAUGGACCAUGGUAGAGAUGAACCUAAUCCCAACAUUUAAGUUGGGGCAGUUGCUUGAAGAGCAUUAUACUUGGAAGAAGGCAUCAUUUUCCAGCUACCUGGGGUACACUUUCAGACAUUUCUUUUCCUGAAUUUUGAAGCACUUACAUUCAGUGUGGUUACGAUCUGUUUGUAAUAUUAAUCAUUGACUAUUGUUCUGCAACUUGGAUGUUGAUAGUGAAGCAGAGAACAACUUAUCAUUGUUUAUUAUGAGUCACUAUGCACGCAACUAUGCUAAAAAAAAGAAACAUGGCAAAAAUGUAUUCAACGCUAGUCCACCUCUAUUUAUGAAAGAUUUUGCAUAAUUUAAUUUGCUUUUGUACAGUUUUAUGUAAAUAAAUUGCUUGUCAUUUUUGUCUCUGCAAAUUAAAAUAUAACAUGUUCAAAUGA